GUCAACAGCACCAUGGCCAUGCCUCUCCCAGCCAGUCAUACCAAGCACCUCGAACUCCUCUUCCACCCUCUCCCACAAGAUCCCUCGGUCAUAUUGCCUCUCAAACAGAUUUCCUCGUCAGGCAGCACUAGCAUCGGAACAACGGGAACAACACUUUGGCUCUCGGCCCAAGUCCUCUCCUCUUACCUCUCUUCAUUGCCCUCAUCCAUGUCGGAAAAGGCCCUCAGAGUGAUAGAGCUAGGUGCGGGUAUAGGGUAUACAUCCCUUGUCCUGGCGUCCCUGGGAUAUCAGGUGACUUCAACAGAUAUCGAGCCCGUUUUCUCGUCUGUUUUAGCACCCAACCUCGAAACUGGGAAGGAUCGGCUCGUUCGAUCGAGAUUACCUUGCAACGUUUAUGCGAGAAAACUGGACUGGACGGAUAUUAGCCGAUUACAGCAGGGCGAAAAGAGUGUAAAAGAGCUGGAAUGGGUGGCAGAAGGAUGGGAUAUGGUGGUCAUGACAGAUACAUUCUAUGCUCCACAAAUCCUCGAACCUCUGUGGGACACUCUCAUCUAUCUAUCCUCCAAUUCUAAAUCACCACCUUCGCCACCAAAAGAGGAAAAAGAGAAAGAAAAACGUCCACCUAUAUAUAUCGCCCUCGAAGCCCGAGACCCAGUGUUCAUCUCCCGCGCACUGGAAAUCGGUCGCCAAAAAGGUUUCGAGCUCAAGAAAAUUGCCGUUAGAAGAGUAGCGAGAGAUGUAGAACGGUGGGGGUGGAGUAGGGAAGAUUGGGAGGGAAUUGAUGUAUGGAAGGGGCGAUGGAAAGGAUAGUCAGGCUCUGGCGGAAUUUACCUCCAAAAGGGGUUAUUCAAUAUCUACAGAUCACAAUGUUUUACAUCGCAACUAAUAACCACAGUGGAUGACGACAGUUGUCCUCAAGCUACGAUAAGUGCAAUUAACCAUUCACUCACGCUACAAGACUCAUUCGCAACUGUCUCUCGCGCUUCCUUUCAACGCAUAUAACUUUCUACCAUGCAUUAGGCCUCAUCGAUUUAUUGCAUGUGCUGCCCACGUGUGCAUGAUGGGUCCAUCAUCUUCCGUCAAUUGAGCUGCCCAUGGGUGCAGAAUAGAAUCAUCUUCCGUAACCGUCGCCGUUGGCACACUUAUCCUCGAAGCGGGUGCGUCCAGAAUUGGCCGGUGAGAGGGUCCGUUUCAGGAUCUACUUGAUGAUAGGGAUCAACCACCGGGACUCGGGUGGGGUAGGGCGCAGGUACAGGGGUGAGGUGGAAAGCGAGAGCUGGGAUAGGAGCGAAAGGGAAGAACAGGAAGAGCAGUGGGGUUGGGAAGAGCAUGGUAAAAUGUAUUUGUUUUAUGUGUGGGUUGUAGGAUGUGGUCUGGAUAAUGACAAGGAGUAGGGAAAGGAAUAAAAUGGGUUAAUAGGAUGGGAAACAAGAUGAAGGAAUAAGUAGUUUUCUUGCCCCCUCUUUGGAUUCUUGAAUGAGACAUUCGUUAGGAUUUCGGUCCAAUUUAGUAUAUCGAUCCUUUAAGCAUUUGAACAGGAAAGGAACGAGAAAAUAGAAAUUUGCCAGGAAAAAUGCGAAGUUGCUUCU